AUCGCUAGACGCCACGGAAGGGAGUGAGGCUGCAGUGUUGUGUGAGUGUGUGUGUUUGCACGGUGCGAUAGCUUCAACCUUCCCACUCCCUCCUCUACUUAACAUCAACAAGAAAAGAGUGCCUGGAUGCUAGUUAUACACACACCCUCCAUUAGAUGUAGCUUACUUGAUUUUACAACAAAUCAUUACCCUCGCAUCUAAUACUUGUUUCUUCGAAUUCAUGAUCCAGACUCGAACUUGAAGAAUUUCCUACCAGCAAUAAUCGCAGGAGAAGCUGUCUUCAUAAGACUCAUUGGAUAUCGACACAAACGAAUCGGUUGUUUUUGGAUUGCGCGCUCAUCACAGUGUGUACCCUACGCAGCGGUGGUGAAAUAUAUUGGCAGAAAUCAAAACAACCAGGUUACUUCUGUGGUUGAGCAUCCGGGACCUUGGAAACAUAUUGGGAUUAUGGCGCACUGUGAGAAUGGUAUUUUCCUGGUGGUUUGGAUGCUGCUAGCAUGUCAUCUUCAGCCUGGAUCCUGUACGGAUGAGGGAGCACUUCAGCUGUUGGAUGGUGGAACUGACUACCAGGGCGUGUUGCGUAUAUUCCAUAACGCAGCCUGGGGGACUUUCUGUGCUACAGGAUGGGACUUCAAUGCUACCCAAGUAGCAUGUAGGCAACUAGGGUACCCAGGAGCAGCUCUUUCGUCUAUCCCGUUCGACAUCAAGGCACCGAACGGUGAUGUAUGGUACCAGAAUGUGAAAUGCCGUGGUGACGAGGAAUCUUUGGAGGAUUGCCAGAAUGAAGAUGGACUCUCGAGAGCUAAAUGUCUUCAGGGAGCAGGCCUUGUCAAGAUCCAAUGCCAAGUAUCCAGCUACCUUGGCUGUAUAGAUGUGACUGAAGGAUCGCCCGCCCUCACCGGCAAGUCCCACCCCCAGGAAAACCUCAGUGUGGUCUCGUGCAUCGAGCAAUGCCGCAAAGACGGCUUCCCGUAUGCAGCCGUGCAGGCUCCAUCUUCCUGUGACUGCGGUACUUAUGGCGAAAAGCCAGCCAUGCGUGGAGGAAGCCACUUCGAUGAGUGUAAUGUCUCUUGUCCAGGAGAAAACAGAGAGAUAUGCGGUGGUCCAGCCCAAGCCAGCGUCUAUGAUGUGAGCCAAGGAAGUUGCGGAGGCAAGCUAGUGGGUAAGAACAUCAGUAUCGUUUCACCUGGGUUCCCGGGUAGAUACUCUGCUGGCUACACCUGUCGAUGGGAGGCCACUAUAUCAGGCAACUCCUAUACGACCAUCAAGAUGCCUGUUCUUAGCCUGUUCGGCGGUGAUCAGGUGGUGAUCACCUAUGCUGGUGAGACCCGUCAGGUGGUGGCUGAGGAUACCUUUGGAGAGUUCGUACUGGAUGGGGUUUCCAAGGUUGUCGUGCUCUUUACGUCUGAAUCUGACUCGGCAGGAGAAGGAGGGUUCAUGUUAACACUCACAGAUGACAGUUACUGCCCACCUGUUGACAUCACCAACGGGAGUCUGGUGAUCGAUGAUGUCAUGUAUCGGCCGCAGGACAUUGUCGAAGUGCAGUGCGAUCACGGUUUCAUGCCAUACCGUAAAUAUGCCACAUGCGCCAAGUCUGGAGACUGGUAUCCAGAACCUAGGUGUAUAGUGUACAAUAAAUGGAACUCCUGGGAAUUCCGCCGAACGAUACUCUUCAUUUCCUUGAUUGCUGUAUGUGUGUUGUUCUUGAUGUUCAUGCUGACUAUAUGCUAUUUGCUAUGCGGAGACACCAAGAAGAAAAAUGAAGGACAAACUUUCAAAAGCAGAUACUACGGGAUCAACACAGACAGCGGGGAGCCACAUGCCCAUGGCGGGGAGACUAGCCCGUCGAAGGAGGAGUACAAGGCUGUAGGAAUGGAAGAUGCUGGAGAGGUAGAUGAAGAGGCUAGAGAAGCAGUCAUUCCUCUAGCUUCAGAGGUUGAUGUCUAGUGUAGACACAUGUCAGGUACUCGGUUACCAUGAGCGCCGAUACUAUACUCAGCUUUGCUACUUGGCUAACACAGAAUGAGUUCCCCAAACAAAUACAAUAUAUUAUUCUUUCAAGGCUGGGCUAGCAGAUUCGGUCAUAAUAUGUACUGGCAGUACGGGUCUAAAUGUACGUUUUGAACAGCUAGCUCUACUUUAUGACUAUGUGAAUUGAGUCCGUAAUCAGCAAAGGAAUCGGACCGAAGCACACGGUGCGUUAUUUCAAACUGCACAGAGCUGGUCCAGACCCGGGUCCAGGCGCAAUCUCUAGCUACCGAGGCAAUCCUUAAAUCAGAAUGCUAUGGCAGCGCGUAAGGUUUCGGAUUUUCGACCGAAAACUAGCGAAUUAUCAACGCAAAAAAUAAUGCAUAAAUAACAGAACAUUCAUGUUUGUAAAUAAAAUUUAUUGCUGGAAUUUUCAGAAAAACGAACUAAUGUUUCAAUUCGAGCUUCAGAUAAAAAUCCUAAAUGUUUCGUCAAAUUAAUCAUCGGAAAGGUGAAGAAUUAUACUUUUAUACGUGUAAUAAAACAAAAGCAAAAUAGCACUUUGGUAUUUUCCCUUUUCUAGAACCCAUAAUGUAGACUCCAUCUUGUACAGUCGGGAACGAUAUUUGCGUUAAUGAAUGCAAUGCGUUUAUAAAAAAAAAAUUAAAAAUUGUUAUAAUGCCCCUUGCACACGGGGCAUCAUUUAAUUAAAGGACAGCAUAAGCUAAAUAUGCAGUCUUUUACGCGCCUUGCACGAGGGAUAUUGUACAAGUAGUGAUUUGCAAAAUGUGGAGAGCAGACAAGGCGUUGAGCUGUUGCCGUUAGAUUUCAUUGCCUCCAUAUAAGGUUUGAUUAGGUAAUAACGAAAUCAAUUUAACGCCUCGUGUGCAGCAGGUUUAAAGCCAGAAAAAUGCAAGCAUAUCCGUUGCAAAGCGCUAGGAAGCUAAGAGUACACUUUAGCUAUUUUGUUAGAUGGGCUUAGCUGUAUACAUUCAUAUACUGGUCAUGUGUUAGUAUAGAGAGAUAGGUAAUAAACUCAAGAAUGACAUUGUCAUAGGUAUAUAUAGACCAUUAUUUGAUUUCUUAGUCAUUAUUGGUAUGUCUACGAUAAUCGUCAUAAAUGUUUAUGCCAAACAAUUUAUGACAUGAUCUUUUUUUAUCGAUAGGUGUGAUGAAUUAACUAAGAAAGAGUAACACAAAUUGAUACGUUUUGAUUUUACUGUGUAAGUUAUUAAUUAUCACUUUGACGUGUGAUUUGAUAAGAUACAUAAUGUACUGCUCACUCAGCUUUAGAAUUAAGAUUCAAGGAAAAAUUAGAAUCUUAGUUAAAGUUAGUUGUUAAAAUAUUUCUUUAAAUGGAUCUUUCAAAAUCCCUCCCCUGACUGUGGUGUGAGAUGAAUAAGAAUACUGACUUAUAAACAUAUGGACAAGGUCAUGACACGUAGAACUUAUGUCUAUGUCACGACAAAGAUUCUAAAGACAAAUUGUACACAUCGGUCGAGGCGUUCAAAAUAUUCACACACGUUGUACCUUUAGAACAGUCUGAUAUAAUGUGUAGAUUUUGUCUCAUUAAAAUGACGACGAGAAUCCUUGUUAUUUGAUAACUUGAGAAUAGUCACCCAUAUCCCUUUUAUCUACAUGUAUACAUGACUUGCAAAGGUAAAGAGCGAAACGAAUAAUCGACCAGUCAUUAGAAAGUGCUAUUGACCGCUUAUGCGUCAACACAAUUAAUGCCUGGACACAUGUCUCCUCUAAGCCAAUCAUUUGAUUAGGAUUUAGUCGUCAUUUUAUAAGAUUAGAUCUGAGCGCUACUAUCUUAAACUUCCUCAUGUUUGUCUCAAUCUUUGAAAAAAUAGAUAUUAGAAUAUGAAGGUCUAGCGUUAGUGCUAGGCCUUUGGUUUGUAAAGCCAUUAGUAUCGAUUUAAUUGACUUAUGUACAUAUAGACUUGAUAUAUAGUAAUAGAUGUUGAAGGGAACUAGUAUUUGUCUGUCCUUGGAACCUAUGAAACUUGUAGAAGAAAUUACCCAGUCAAAUCACAGGAAAAUUCAAGGCGAGUGUGAUUUUUUUGCCAUAUUCAUUUAAGUAUACAGAUGUUGAAGGGUGGGUAGUACAGAAACAGACUUACAAUUAAUUGGUGCUAAGAAAUAAUGUGUUUUAUAAAUUGCCUAUUUUAGUUGUAUUAUUAAGUCAAUGGAAGUAAAUAAUAGCAUAGACCAUUUUACAGUAAGUUGUGAUACAUAAUUGGCAGACGAUCUCGAAUACGAUUGUAUUUUUUAACCUUGGGGAAUAAUUCAUAGUACGGUGUCAUAAUCAAGAAAAUUAUGUUUGGUCCCUUCUAAGUUUAUUCAAAGGGAUAUCAUAAGGAUGCAAUUAGAGGGCACUAACCCAACAUGUUUGUUUUUAAUUUAUGCGAACUUUUAGUAAUGCUCAGUUCAUAUUCUAUAUAGAUUCUUGGGAAUUUGGAAUGUUGAAUAAACGAUGGUUAAAACACAAAUUCUUAUGCUGCAAUGUUGUAAAGACAUUUUGUUGUUGAAGUUUUGCACGCAUAUAGAAAGUGUGACGAACAUAAUUAUUAUUAAUAUUUUACUAUUACUCAUCCACUUGUAUCGUCUUUUCUAAAUACAUUUAUAUGGGUGUGUGCUUUGUUACAUUUUAUACAAAAAGUAUGUCUCCUAAAUCUACGCACCACACAAGAAUUAUUUGCACUCAUUUUGGUAUUUAUUUAGGGUAUGUAUCUAUUCAUAAAACUUGAUAGAUUGAGAGAUAAGACAGUUGAAAAGUAGAAAUAAGGAAACAAAAUAUUUCAAAUUUUGGAAACCUUGCGAAUUAGUCAUCUUUAUAGAAUAGCAACAUUUCAAAGAAUCCCGACCUUUGCAUGUCGUUGAAUGAAAGUCACACAAUGCCUUGAUUUAUUUACUUAUCUUUGGAUUUAUACUGUUUGAACUAGACAAACCUUGAUGGUCUACAAGUAUGUUUAACUUAAAUAACCUAGUGGUUUCACGUUUAUUCCUUUUGAUUUGUGUUCAAUUAGUUUCAUCUCCUUGAUGGUAUACCGUUUUGUACUUGAAUGAUUUGAGGAAAUUAUACUGAAAGUCUAAGCAUCUAAUGGCAUUCACUUUAAACUGCACAAAUUCGGAUAGGUAAAUCAAAUAAUCCAGUUUCUCAAAUUAAUUCACUCACAUUUACUCUUAUAACGCUAGGUGAUUAUGAAAACUUUUUGUUUUGACGUAUCUGUUCAGGUCUAGAAAGUUAUUUUUUGAUUGAAAGCGAAAGAAAACUUAUUUAUGUUUUAUACAUGAUUUAAGAUAUUUUGUUUUCAGAUGUAUAAACUUAUUUCAUUAAGAACUAAUUCAUUUGUAUAUAUAUAUUUUGAUUUCGGGUUAGAAGUUUCAGUGUGUUUUCUCUUUCUUUCUGAUAUUUCUUGUUCUUCCAAUGUUACGUAUCUAGUACGGGAUUAAACUCUUGAAAGCUAGGGAAUUUAGUUUAUCCUGAAAUAUAUCCGUUCUGGUUUUAAUACAAAAAACAUAGAUCAGUAACAUCUUACCUCAUCAAAAGAACAUUUUAACAUUUUUAAAAUUCUACCUGUGAAAUCAGAGCUAUUUAAUGUCUAUGUUUAUUUAAUCAUAGAAAGUUUAUCAAAAUUUAACUGGUUGUCAAUACAUUUGAUAUUUUAUUCUUAUCUUGUACAUAGGUGUCUAAUGCUAUGAAUUUGUAAAUUUUGAUUGUGAUGAGAUCGGCUUUGAAAUACUUCAUUACAGCUGCAUGCGUUGUGUUGUAAAUAUCGUUCACGUAUAAGAAUAUGAAAUCUUGAUGUGCAAUGUUUCUAAUUAUUUGUUCAGAUAUACUAGAUAAUGUAGAUAGUGUGAUUACCAUAUGAUGUUCCUUAAGCCUACAUUUCGUGUACACAUGUUUACUAUGUGCGUUGGUUGUAGAUGUCAGUAAUAUUAGUGAAAUGGUAAAAAUAAGUCGUCUUUGAUCAACUUGUGAUUUUUUUUCUGAUUGAAAUAAGAUAGAAUAUGUUAAUAUUUAUAAAGAGAAAAACACUUGCAUUUUUUGUAAAUAGAUUUCAAGUAGUUAAAUUAUUGAUCUCUUAGGAGAAAGGUUAUAAUCCUCAUUAUUUUUUCUGUGUAUACUGUUCGGGCUGUGCUAAAUCAUUAUACAAUGUAUCGAGGUGACACUUAAUUCGUACGUUUCGAGGCGUAUGACGUUCCGACAUAUCUGGGAAACGUUGAUGAAAUCAGCCUAAGUGUAAGUUCCCUGACAUCUCGUUAAAAUUAACAAGAGUGCAAACGGAAUGUCGGCAAACUUAAACUGUUGAUGGUUCAGUGAAACACCUCCCUUAAAAUUAAUCCUUUCUAGACAGUAAUUCCAUAUUUGGUGUUUCCAGAACCCUAACAAAGUUUACCAGAUGCAGGAGUAGAAAAGGCAAAAAUAUCUGCGCACACAUUUUCGAAUUUUUGCUGCGUAACCAUGUAGCGUUUGACGACAGGAAGAUUAAAAAGGAAAUAAGCUUUAACAUAUCUAAAUUGGCAACACGUUGAAAUGGCCAAAAAAAUAAUUGUUUUUCGAUCUCAAUUUGCACAACGUGUGAAGGUUUGACAAAGUUCCAACCCAUGUUUCUAAAAAAGAAUACAUUAUGUGAGAGCAAUAUUGCUGUGGCCAACUUUAAGAACAACAUGAUCAAUUUAGCCUCUAACAAAUUCUGCCCUGAAUCCAUCAAUGCGUUAUUACGUACAAGCUUGUGUUAACUGGUGUCCUUCAUCAGGCCGUUGUCUUGACGUCAGCAUUUCGAUACUUUGAUAUUGUGUACCUUUGCACACCUAAGACUAAAAUUCUCCAGAAUCCCCAUCUCGAUCUUAACUAAUAAUAUGGUCUUGAAUGAUCUGUUUAAUAUAAUGUCAAUUGCACACGAGGCGUUAUUUCCAUAGUGCCAAUGAAAGACAUUUGGGCAUAUAGUUGAAUGAAACCAGUCCAAGCGCAUAGACGCAAGGCACUGGCCCAACUCAUUGACGCAUACAGGGUGCUAGAGCUAAAUAGCGCAAGGUUUUGGAUUUCUACCCCAAAAAUCGCCUUCGACGGAAUUCUUGCGUAACAAUUUUCACAACUCAAAAGGGGCUUACAUAAUAGUGGUAUGGCAACCCUUGUGCAUCCGUCAUCAACUAUAGGCGCUUUUCGUUCACUGUUUGACGCAGCGUAAAUACUUUUGAAUUAAACGAUCCACUGACACAGUUGAAGAGCGUCUUAUGUGCAACAGGCAUAAUGUUUUUAGCGAGAUCAUGGACUGGCCAGGGUGCUUUUCAACUGUUGUUAAACUUUUCUAGAUUAUCCGUUAUACUGCGAGUUAGAUACUCCGUGAGAGAUAUAUUCAUGUGAGGAAGAGAUCCUUACAAUGUCUUAAGAUUGCAGUGUAUUUAUAAUUGACAAGAUUUGAAAGGACACAUUCCCAAAACAUUUAGAGCAUAUUUCCAGUCAUGUAUAUAAUAGCUCUAAGCAUUUUUUUUGUUUACAAUAUGUGGGUGUUUCUUCAUUCUUAUUAUAGUUAUUAAAUAGAAACAAGAGAUAUAAUCACUAGAAUACAGUAAAGGUAAUAUUCUUCUUAUAGGACUACAAAAAUCGAUUAGAAUAUUUGUUCCAAAAUAUAUCAUUUAGUAUUAGAGCAUUGGACGGCUACAAAUUUAGACCCUCUCCAUGAAAAACAGAAAGAAGGGAAACAGGUUGACUGUUAUGCCGGGAAAUCUUGACGAUUUAUAGGGUCUAUAUUUUGUUUACGCAAACAUAGCCGUUUUAGAUUAUUGGACAAAAUGUUAAUCUUGUUGGUGUAAUUGUAAUUAUGCAAUUAGAAACUUUUCUAAUUUAUCUCUUCUUUCUUGAUAACACACGAGUUUGCAAAUAAUAAUUAUGAUUUUGAAUUUGUUUUGUGAUGAUGCUUUGAUACCAAUAAAUGUUGAUGUGAUCAUUUCAUUUGUCUCUUGAAAAACGAACAA